AAUGAGGGUUAUUUGUGUGACUCUCCUGAUUCUCUCCAGCUUUGUGGAAUCUCAGUCAGAGAGAUUCCAGGUGGUUGGUCCAGAAGCUCCUCUUGUUGCUGUAGCUGGUGAAGAUCUGGUUCUGCCCUGUUUUCUCAAACCCAGCACCAGCGCUGUGGACAUGACAGUGGAAUGGAUGAGACUAGAGGAAAGAGCUUCAUUAGUGCAUCUCUAUCAGGAUCAUGAAGACAGAAAUGAAGAGCAGGCUCAGCCCUACAGAGGAAGAGCAUCACUAUUUAAAGAGGAGCUACAGAAAGGCAACGCUUCACUCAGACUCUCACCUCUCCGAAUCUCUGAUGAAGGAAGAUAUAAGUGUCUCAUUCAGGACAAAUCCUGGUAUGAUGACAUCACUGUUCACAUCACUGUCGAGGCUCAGGGAAGCCACCCAGUGAUCAUGAUGGAGAGUUAUGAUCACUCAGGAGGGAUUAAUCUAGUGUGUGAGUCCAGAGGCUGGAAAGCUGAACCUGUGGUUGUGUGGCUGGACAGAGAAGGAGCCGCUCUGCCUGCUGAAGAUACACAGACACACAGAGACACUGAGGGCUUCAGUGUGAAAAGCCGCACCACUGUUUAUGAUUAUAGCGACUCCAACAGAUAUUAUUGCAGACUUCUACAAGAACAUCACAUGAUGGAGACAGAGGUCAUCAUUAAUCGUAAAGUCUUUGAUGCUUGGAGGUGGGUUGUCGGUGUUUCAGUUUCAGCAUGUCUUAUUGCUGUCGGAUCGAUAGUAACUGCAGUUAUCUGUUACAAGAAAGAGCUUCAAAAGCAGAAGCAAAAAGCAGCCUCAGAGCUUCAAAAGGAGAAGCAAAAUGCAGAGUUUAUAAAAGGGUUGUUGGCAGUGGAUGUGACUCUGGAUCCUGAUACAGCAAAUCCUGAACUCAUCCUGUCUGCUGAUGGAAAACAAGUGAGACGUGGAGACGAGGAGCAGAAACUCACUGAUACACCACAGAGGUUUGAUCGGUAUUUCGGUGUUGUGGGAAAGCAGAGUUUCUCCUCAGGGAGAUUUUAUUAUGAGGUGCAGGUCAGAGGGAAAACUGAGUGGGCAUUAGGAGUUGUGAGCGAGAACAUUAACAGGAAGGGGAGGAUUACACUGGAACCUCAGAAUGGAUUCUGGACUGUGUGGCUGAGGAAUGAGAAUCAGUACUGGGCUUUUGCUGAUCCCCGUGUCCUCCUCCCACUGAGAGAGAAGGUGGAGAUGGUGGGGGUGUUUGUGGAUUAUGAUGAGGGUCUGGUCUCCUUUUAUGAUGUGAAGUCCAGAUCUCAUAUCUACUCUUUCACUGAUCAGUCUUUCACUGAGAAACUCUAUCCAUACUUCUGUCCUGGUUUAAAUUUCAGAGGUAAAAACGCAGCCCCACUGAUCAUCUCUCCUGUAUUUAAACCUGAAUGAAUUUUCACCUCACAGAUUUAAUCAUCUAUUAAAUGGUGAGAAUCAAAAGAAAUAUUUUACUUUUUCUGGUGAAUGUUAGAAAGACAUUUCCCCUUUUAAAGUGCUGUACAGUUUAUUUUAAUGCCUGAAUAAAGCUGAUUUACAGUUCACACUGAGAUUUACUGCAGAAUUGAAUCUGAUCAAUAAAAUGGAUGAAGUUCAGCUGCUGAUGUCUGUGUAGAUAAAACCCAACACCACUGUGUUUCUCCUUCACACUUCAUCACACACAAACACCAUCAACUUCAGCUUUUAUUUACAAACACUGCAUUCUCUUCUUUACAUAAAUAAAUAAACUACAUGAAUAAAUAUUUCUGUGAUCACUUAGCGCACUCACGUUAGCAUUUCAGACCGUUUUUGUUAAAUGCUAGCACGCUAAUGCUAGUGUCUGAAAGCGUUUCUGUUAACAGUUAGCACACUAAUGCUAGUU